AAUAAAUGAAGAGCUUACGGUUACAACGAAACGCAGAAAAGUUUGUAUGUUUUCAAAGCAACAAUGGAACACUCCUCCUUCAUGAGCUUGAACCACAGAUUAUCUGCCUGUUAACCUUAUCAAUAUAUUACACCACAAUUGUCUAUAUCCCAUGGAUACAUAUUAAGGUAGAACAACAUUGUUUUUUGACAUUGAUGUCUGAUACCUUGAGCCAAUAUGGCAUCCUUCCGCGAAUCGCGCCAAACAACGGUAAACCGUCCUCACCGUUCGCAUAUACCAUAUGUACGAGUAUAUGGUAAAGAGCACACUCACAAGUUGUUAAAUAAAGUCAAGUAUAACGUAGAGAAAGUUAGGCGUGUUAAGAAGCUGUGUUUUUAAGAAAAUAAAUUCUACACAAUUUUGUUCUCUGAACUUCAACAAUUUUAUGGAUGGAGUAGACCCGAUCCCAUCUACGACAAGAAGUCGAAGUCAGACCUCAUUAUUCGUGAGAUGUGCAGUUCGGGAACGGUGCUGGGCAACAAGACAAUCAUGUUUCUCUGCGAGAAGGUGACGAAGGAAGACAUAGCGGUGCGUUUUUUCGUGGAGAAAAAUGGUGCUGUGGCUUGGCAAGCUUAUGGCGAAUUCGAUCCCUCCAUGCAUGUGCAUAAACAAACCGGAAUUACAUUGAGAACUCCACAAUAUCACAACACCGAUAUUGAAGAGCCCGUAAAGGUAUUCGUGCAACUGCAAAGACCUUCCGAUGGUGCCGUCAGUGAGCCUUGGCAAUUCAACUAUGAACCAGUCAAAAAGUUACGGUUAAGACGUAAAUGUAGACUAAACGAUCUUACUAUGGACUCACUUAAAGUUAGUGAGAACCAGACGGUUGCCAAUAAACCGAUACAAAAUAACAUUACCCUUGUUGCCACACAAGCAAAUUUGGAUAAGUUCUUCGUUUCUGGUGAGAUGACACCAUCGCCAGAACCAAUGUCACCGUCCUCAUCAACCAGCAAGAGUGAUACGUCGACAACAACUUCGCCUUACGGCAAAGUCACGGAGGUGAUUAACCUGGAAAGUGGUACGGCGGACGUCCAAGAAACUCUCAAUGUUGAGAUGUUUCCAAGGACACUGGAAAUUUAUGAGGAGAUUAAAGUUUGUAAGAGUAACCGAAAGUCGCCAUUGCCAAAACUUAAAACUAUUCAAAACCAGCCACAACAACCUCAUUUGUUGCAGCAACCGAAUCAGACAGAAAUACAGCAACAACAAUCACAAGGACACCAAUUGCCGCAACCAGAACAACACUACUCGAUCACACCAUCACUGAGGACUUCGAAGUGGCGCCUUUAACCUUCUCAGUCUAGAUGUGUUCGAGUUCGCCUAUACUUAUUUAAUUAUGUGUCUAAAAUGAAGAUGUAAUACAAUACUUUCAGAUAAAUACAUAUAUGUAAUUUAA